UGGCAUUCGUAAACAUAUGAGCCACUUAGGUUAGUGUCCUGCCGUGAAGGAUAAGGGCGCCAGGGUAAAAGUGUUUACUAGACUAGAACAGAUGCCGAAAAGAUUUGAUAGAGAAAAUAAUCUGUAAGAAGAGACAGAGAUGCAGGGGGCAAAUACUCAGAAAGAGAAGCUCGGAGAGGGGAUGAGGGGGCUGUCUCUACAGUUAGGUUUAGACAGCCUUUGCGUCUGGGGAACCCCAGACCCAUUCCUGUGAUGCAGAAUGAGUAUGUGAGUGUGGACUAUUUCCUGCUUCCUCUUUAGCAAACUAAGGAUUCUAAAGUCCCUGUUGAGUCAGACAAUGGAUGAACAACCACAAGGAAUGCAAGGGCCACCUGUUCCUCAGUUCCAGCCACAGAAGGCAUUACGACCGGAUAUGGGCUACAAUACCUUAGCCAACUUCCGAAUAGAAAAGAAAAUCGGUCGUGGACAAUUUAGCGAAGUUUAUAGAGCAUCCUGUCUCUUGGAUGGAGUCCCAGUAGCUUUAAAAAAAGUGCAGAUAUUUGAUUUAAUGGAUGCCAAAGCACGUGCUGAUUGUAUCAAAGAAAUAGAUCUCCUUAAGCAACUCAAUCACCCAAAUGUAAUUAAAUAUUAUGCAUCAUUCAUCGAGGAUAAUGAGCUGAACAUAGUUUUGGAAUUAGCAGAUGCUGGUGACCUCUCCAGAAUGAUAAAGCAUUUUAAGAAGCAAAAGAGGCUAAUUCCUGAAAGAACUGUUUGGAAAUACUUCGUUCAGCUCUGCAGUGCACUGGAGCACAUGCAUUCUCGAAGAGUCAUGCAUAGAGAUAUAAAGCCAGCCAAUGUGUUCAUUACAGCCACUGGGGUGGUAAAACUUGGAGAUCUUGGACUUGGUCGGUUUUUCAGCUCGAAAACCACAGCUGCGCAUUCUUUAGUGGGUACACCUUACUACAUGUCUCCAGAGAGAAUACAUGAAAAUGGAUACAACUUCAAGUCUGACAUCUGGUCUCUUGGCUGUCUGCUAUAUGAGAUGGCUGCAUUGCAGAGUCCUUUCUACGGUGACAAAAUGAAUUUAUAUUCUCUGUGUAAGAAGAUAGAGCAGUGUGACUACCCGCCUCUCCCGUCCGAUCACUACUCGGAGGAGCUUCGACAAUUAGUAAAUAUAUGCAUCAACCCAGAUCCAGAGAAGCGACCAGACAUCACCUACGUUUAUGACGUAGCAAAGAGGAUGCAUGCAUGUACCGCGAGCAGCUAAGCAGCAGAAUCAUGAAGAAGGCAACCAAAAUAACUUAAAAGUAUUUUUGUGCAAAUCAUACCUCCCUGUUCUUGUCUGGGUGUUAAGAUUAAUAUGUCAAAGUUAAUGUGCUUUGAAUCCUUAA